AAUCAAGAUUGGGGAUUGGGGAGUGUUAAUAAAAAUUCGUCUUGGCUCUUCAAGAACACAAGACCAAAAAAAAAACUGAUUCUUCGAUUUCAAGAAAAAAGAUCGAAAAUUUGGUUACAGUCGAUGCCAUUGAAGAACCUUUUGAUUGAUAACAAUGGUCUACGAAAGUGGGAACAAGCCUGGACCAGAAAAUCCGACAUUUAGUUCAGAUUUAAGCCUUUCAGAUUCUCUUGUAAAACUGAAGAAGAAGCCUUGUGAAGUAUGCGGAAGUGAUGCCAAUGAGCUUUUGAUGAUGACUUGCUUCAUGUGCAGAGAUACUAGGGAGCAUACUUAUUGCGCGAGGGUGAUGUUUCAACGUGUGCCUCGUUUGUGGAUUUGUGAAGAGUGCCGUGAUUUCUCAUCUGUCGCCAACAAAACUGCUAAUGCUCAAUCAUCAAGAACUAUUCAAGUGGAACAAGUUGUGGUUAAACAAGUUCGUAUUGAUCAAACUGUUCCAUCACCAAGAACUAAUCAAGUUGUGGAUAACCACCAAGAUCCUCCUAUUGAUCAAACUGAUCCAUCAUCGACAACUAUUCAAGUUGUGGAUAAUGAAAAUUUGAUUGAAGCUGCUCCAUCAUCAAGAAGUAAUCAAGUUGUUGAUAACAAAGAUUGGAUUGAAGCUGCUCCAUCAUUAAGAUCUAAUCAAGUUGUGCCUGUUGCUCCUCGUAUUCAUGAGUUUACUACAGACGAAUCAUCCUCUCCGGUGUCUCCAUGUUCGCUAGAUGAUGAAACCAAUCUCUUUCACUUCAAGUAUCCUUCACUUUCUCUCCCUCCGUUGAUGAAAAAUUGAAGAAAAUCUCUUUUUGACUCAUCAAUGUUUCAGUGUUCAAGUCCAUGUGGGAAAGAUUUCCAGUCAAACGACCAUCACAUUACAUUGAUCUGUCCUCUGAUUCCGAAUCUGAAGAGUAAAUGCCUCAUUUGAGAGAGAUUCGUGUCAGGGUUUAGGGUUUUUAAAAAGACAUUUGCUUUAACUUUUUCUUGUGUCACAA